UCCAACAGCUUAAUUUGAGAGUUUUUAGUUUUUUUUUUUCAUUUUUCCCUUCUCUCUCUUCUCUAUAUCAAUGGCUGAUUUGGAUCACUCUUCUGAUGAUACUUCCGUGGAUUCUCGAGAGGAAAGUAGUCAAGACUCAAAGGUGGAGUUCUCAGAAGAUGAAGAAACACUAAUUGCUCGAAUGUAUAAUCUGAUUGGAGAGAGAUGGUCUCUAAUUGCUGGGAGAAUUCCAGGAAGAACAGCAGAGGAGAUUGAGAAGUACUGGACUACAAGAUAUUCCACGAGUAGUGAAUGAAGCAGAAUCGGAUUGUGGUUUUCUUGUGUAUCUCGGCAAGCAAUCUUUUAGCAAGUUAAGCGAUUUUGGGGGAAUUGCUUGGUAGAAGAAGACGAAGAAGAACUAAAAAUAAAAUUUGGGGUUUGAUUGUGUUAUUGUCUGGCUGGCCUCCUCUCAUCCAUUUCCUCUCUUACCAAAUUUUCUUCUUGUUCUUUUGGGAUCUUCUGGUUCUUUUCUACGCUAACGUGGGUGUAAUUGUACAUAUAUAUGUUUGACUAAGUUUGAAAUGUGAGGUUGAAAUUUUAUUGCA